CGUUAACAAUUGAAUGAAGCAUAUGUAUAUCGAUCCAUAUAAAAUUGUACACAUUUGACAUUGACUUCAAAUAAGUCGGUAUUUCGUGCUGUAAUUUAGUUCAAUUGGGAAUGCAAUCAUUCGUCGUACUGCUUAAUAUUUCACAGCUGAACCCACGAUGAGUAUAACCAAAGCAUUCCUCAUAUAUUUUUCCUGAUUCAUGAAUCCAUGUUGGAAUUUCUUCAAAUAUUGUUUCUCGUUAUUUGGAAUUGACGUGAACACUAUCUUCCAGGUUCUAAACAGAGAAAUGAAGGUGAUAAAUGUUUUCUUAUUCUGAAACAGUUUUAAUUGAAGUUGAUUAUAAAAUCUUGAAAAAACCUCAUAACCUUCUUAUCGGUAGAUGUUAUCCUCACUAUGAAGUGCUACACCAAGAACAUAUCGUUGUGAAGAAUGAUGGUAGGAGCCAUGUGGAUGCAAAUAUAAGGAUAAACGUUGAUGGUCCAGUGAAUAUUACUUGCGUUUCAGUCCUAGAUGAAAUGGAAGAAGAAAACGCUUAUCCAAUCUACUCUGGAGGAGGAGUUGGCCAAAACUAUGUAGCAUUCAAUGUCAAGACAAGAUACGGUCAAGGUUUUCACUUUUUCGUUCAAAUUUUCGGAAUAAAAUCGAUUUAAAUUUUCUCGAAUGUAAGUUCUGGAAAGAAAUAUAUCCCAAACG